UUUCAUGAUUAGAAAAAGACAGAAUUGACUGACAAUUCAUGCUGUCCUUCUUCUAAGUUGGACUCACUUUCGAUUCGCGUGUACGCGUUGCGUAGUCCGUCACAGUCUGUUGCAGUCCGUGUUUUUAACGUUACACUACUGUCAAUGAGAUAACCAGAUAACAAAGUUUACAAACAAAAUUAUCUUAAAACGACUGGAAAAAUAAACUGGAAUGUUUGUUAUGGUUUAAUUUAAGAAAUUCUAGUGCUUAACCGAAUUUUAAGGUAUCAAGCAUCUUAAAACUCAGGGCAGGAACAGUGACUAAAUCUAACAUUUGUAUCUUAUAAGAUAAUUAAAAAUAUGAAUUGCCACUUACGACCAUUAGAAGAAAUUCUGAAAGAGGUUCUACCGAACCUUAAAGAACCUGUAUUAUUUCAAAAUAUGUUACAAAAUUCUAAUGGUUCUUACGAGUGGAAAUUACUUAAGUGGAGUUUGACAGAUCUAGUUAAAAAGUUUGGAGAUAAGAAGUUACCAUUUCGAGUUGGUGAUCAUAACAAGCGUACAUGUACCCUGCAGCACAAGGAAUGGGACUUGGAUAAUCCUACUGCAAAACCUGUUCACUUGACAUUGGAAGAAUUUGUUGCUUUACAAAGCAAAGAGGUUAAUAAGGAUAAUAAAUGGUAUUACUGUGAUUACAAACAUAUAAAGGAGUGGCUUAAUGAUGACACAGAAAUUAUAGAGUCUUUUAAUUGGCUCAUGUUUGGGGUUGAUAAAAAACUUGGAGAAAACGGAAUAAAUUCUACUUUUUGGAUUGGAAGCAAAGGUGCUCAUACUGAUUGUCAUUGGGAUACCUAUGGUUACAAUUUAGUGGCACAAAUAUAUGGCAGAAAAAUAUGGUUGCUGUAUCCACCUAACACUGAUCUGAUACCAGUUAGACUUCCUUAUGAGGAGUCAACUGUAUAUAGCAGAUUUAAUAUUUACUGCCUGAGUGAGGAAGAAAAAGACUAUGUGUUAAGUAUAAAAGAAAAACCAAAACUAAUAACUCUAGAACCUGGAGAUGUUUUAUUUGUGCCUAAUGGCUGGUGGCAUUAUGUAGAAUCUCUAGAUCAGAUUACUGUGAGUGUUAACAUAUGGGGAGAGUUGAAAAAAGAUAAUAAGGCACGAGUCGAGGAAGCUCUGGUUAAACUGAUAGUAGCCAAAAUAGGAGAUUAUACGCAGUUUUCGAACAAGGAAACUAAACAUUACACAAGAAAAGUCGAAGAUGCUAUUUUUGAAUGGAUAAGAAAAGUGGAAGAGGAGGAGACGAACGCAAAAUCGGCACCAAAGAUACCUGCGAAAAGAUCUGUAUCUAAACCACAGACGGCAAAAGAAUUGGCUGAAGAAUACCCCUAUUAUAUCAAGUUGUUACCUGAUGCGGACGAGAAGGAAUUUAAAGAAUUUAUUGAAGAAAGACGGAAAAGAGAUGACGAAAAGGAUCUGUCGGAUAAAGAGAGCGCGUCUGGAGAUCACAUACCUAAUCCCCAAUAUGACUCGUUCCUUGAAUCUCUUAUCAAUGCUUUAUGUCAUCCAGAAGUUGUUAGGAAAGCAGCAAAAAUAUUGCUAGAUAGACAUUACUAAUAAAUUUUGAUUGAAUUUUUAUUAUAUAAAUGUAUUGCAUGUGAAAUAUCAAUUUUUUUUUAUUGCAGUAUUAGUAUUAUGUACACGUAAUUCCUAGUAGCACAGUACAUGAGCAGUAUACCGAUUAAUAUUGGCUAAACAUUGAUUAUAUUGGAAGUGCAUUGGCCAAUAUUUUCUCAAUGUAACGCCAAUAAUAUUGGUCAUAAAAUUUGGUUUCAAGUUAGGAUGCAAUUAAUAUCCAAUAUAAAAAAUUGAAUAAUUUUUAAUAUUGGUUUAACAUUGAGCUAGUAUUUGGUGCUAUACUGAGAAAAAAAAUGUUAAUUUGACUAAAUUUCUAACUGAAUUAAAUUUUGUCUAUUAUUAUCUAUUAAAAAUUAAACGCAUAAAUUCUUGAACUGAUAAAAUUUUAAUUUAGUUUAAAAAUUUUGUCAACUCAACAAUAUUUUUUUCUUAGUGUACCAGGGAUGUAACUAGAUGUGUAACUAGAUUGGACGUUCCGCUUUCAGCAAUUUUUGUUUGACAAUCUUUGUUACGUAGGUAUAGACAUCCUAAGUGUACUGAGAGUAAAUUUUUUUAAUAGCUCAUCGUAACUCGUUACUUCCUAUUUCUAACAUAAUUUAACAGUUUUGUCAAAAGUGGAACGUCAUAUGUAUAUACUCUGAUACUAAUUAUCAAUUAGUAUUAUCUGAUGUAAAAUUAUAUAAGAUGUAUUUAUAGGUAUGAACAUGUAAUUAUUUUAAGGACUCACGUGUAGACUCAAUUUUUAAGUAACUUACAUAAUUAAAUUUAAUGUUAAUAAAAUAUGAAUCUUUUGAUUUACAUAC